CGCAAGAUCGCGUACCAGCAUUUGUAAGAUUGGACGCACAGAUCCACAAUGGCGGCCUCUGCAGCGACCACCCAGGCUCUCUCUGCUGCCAGCAGCCUCGCUCGCGUCUCCGACGCAUCCCUAUGCUCCUCUCAGAGCAUCGCAGGAUGCAGAGUCUGCCCAGCGCCGACGAUCAAGAAGAUCAGCCAAUUGCGCAGGCUCAAUGUGGCUGCGUCAGCGGGGCAGGCCGAUGCUCCGUCGAGGCAGGACGUCCUUCGGCCGUUUGCUGAGAAGAAGGCUUUCAAGGUUAUCGCGGGACUGAAGAACUUUAACCGGGAGAAUGUGGCGGAGAUUGUGGCUGCGGCUGAGCAGGGUGGUGCUACACACGUUGACAUCGCCUGCGAUCCUGAGCUAGUGAAGCUGGCCUGCAGCCUCACAAGCGUUCCGGUCUGCGUCUCCGCAGUUGAGCCCGAACUCUUCGUACCUGCUGUUGCGGCGGGUGCCACCAUGGUCGAGAUUGGGAACUACGACCCGUUCUAUGCUGAGGGCCGUACCUUCGAUGCUGAGGAGGUGUUGGCGUUGACGAGAAGAACGAGGCAGCUAUUGCCGACCAUCCCGCUCUCUGUGACCGUGCCCCACACCCUCCCUCUGCCAGACCAGGUACACCUGGCGGAGCUCCUAGAAAACGCGGGCGCCGACAUCAUCCAGACGGAGGGUGGCGUCAGCUCCGCCCCGACCCAGGCCGGAGUCGCGGGCAUGAUCGAGAAGGCUUCCCCAACACUUGCGGCCGCAUACUCCAUCUCGCGGGCUGUGUCGAUUCCUGUCAUGUGCGCCUCCGGGAUCAGCGACGUGACGGCAUCAAUGGCAAUUGCCGCAGGGGCCGCGGGUGUCGGAGUGGGCUCCGCCAUCAACAAACUCAACAGCGGCAUCGCAAUGAUCGCCGCCACUCGGGCCAUCGCCAAUGCUUUGGGGCUCGUUAGCCAGGAGUCAAGGGAGAGGCUAGCACAGCACUGAUUUGAGCCACUUAUAAAGAAGUUUUCUGACCACGAGAUCAACGAGAAGCUAUGGUGCAUAAUUUCGACGCGUCUUGAGCCUUUCGUUAAAUUCUUUUGCUCCGACUCAGCAUGGAAAUGCUUAGACGUAGGGGCGUUGCAUUGAAUUACACGAAAAUCGGACGGUUACAAAAUCUCACAGUCCCUUACACGGUCAUGCUAAGCUUGAGCCAUGCUCCUCGCUGACAACGCCACUCCUAUUCUGGUUGGAGGAUAUCCUGGAUUCCAAUUGAGGAAUACUAAACUAUCAGUUGGAUAGUUGCAGAGAUAUUCAAUUGAGGCACGUUGCAGAUCAGAUACAAAUUGGCAUGUCGGCGUCGAUAUGGCGCCAUACAAAUUUCUCGCAAUGAGAUUGCAUGCG